ACUGAUAAUUUAUCAGUUACUAUUUUUUAAAUAGUUGCUAUAUAGCUGGUUAUUAGAUUUACAAAUCGCUACAUCGCUAUUCGCUACUUUAAGUGUGUGCAGUAAAUAAAAAUAAUACUUAUAAAUAUUGUAAUUAUUGUCUUAAAUAAAUAUUUUAAGAAAUUAUGGAUCCAAAACCUAACUGUAGUCUCAUAUUUGCUACUUAAUUAAAUUGUGAUGUGAUAAAAGAGCAGUAAAAUGAAUCCUUACAAGGAUGUCGAGGGGAGUUCAUUCGUUUCACCACCUCAUCUAUCUUAUGAGGAUAUCGCGACUAAGCUUCUGAGAGACCAUUACUUUCUAACAGCACUAGAACUACACACAGAGCUGGUAGAAAGUGGAAAAGAAUUGCCUCAGCUUAGAGAAUUUUUUUCAAAUCCAGGCAACUUCGAACAACAUGUAUCUCGAGCGUCCGAGUUCAGUUCUAUGCAUCGGACUCCAAGUCAGGCCACCUUAGAUUCAUUGGACACUGCACGGUACUCUGAAGAUGGGGGUGGUGAUCGUGGUGGAAGUGGAGGAGAUGUGGCAGUCUUGGAAUUUGAACUACGAAAAGCUAGAGAGACUAUAAAUGCUCUUAGAGCUAAUUUGACACAAUUUGCAGAUGGAGACACAGCUCUAGAUAAAUCUUCAAAAGAUAAAUUCAAUCAGCGUUCAUUGAAGCCCCAUGAGAAAAGAGCCCUCAACUUCCUUGUCAAUGAGUACCUUCUACUGCAAGAUUAUAAACUCACUUCCAUUACAUUUUCAGACGAAAAUCCUGAUCAGGAGUUUGAAGAUUGGGAUGAUGUAGGUCUAAACAUGCCAAGACCAGCUGGAUUGGUAUCUUUGUUCUGGGGAAACUCAACAGCAUUGAACAUACCAAAAGUUGAUGCUGCUACACAAGUUGAUCAGCAUAAUGCAGACAGUGAAUGUCAGACAGAUCUGGAAGAAGGAAAUGUGUGUGUCAGUUGUCAGACUUCUUUAGAUCAUGAUGCAGGCUGGAAUCAUGAGCUUCUAAUCCAAGCUGAAGAAAUUGAGCUCUUAAAACAGAAAGUGAUUGCCUUGGAGACUGAAAAGCUGAAUUUCCAGAAACUAUAUGAUGCUGCAAUUGUCAGUUUAAAUUCCCUGACAAGCCCAACAACAGAUAGCAAAGUACUAGAGCUCAAUAUUCCUGAUGAUAAAAUGUUAAAAGUUCAAUUGGCCAUUGAUCAAGUUGAACAUCAACCUUUAACAUGUACUGCCACAGAGAACCAUUACGGCAGUGGCAACUCGACCCAUAGUGCAACACCAGAGCAGUUCGAGAUAAUAGACAGUGAAAAAAACAGUGUGGUCAGAGUACAAAAAGAAGGAUCGAAUACGAGUUCGUUUGAUCCAGCCAUUUUGGGUGAGAGCUCGAGAGAUUCACCCCUACGUCGUAGCAGUGUCACUACAUUGGACGAAACUUUAAGCAUCAAUGAUGGUACAGAAUGGACCCGUGUUCAGUACGUUUACAACAAUAUUGAAAAUAACAGUAAAGAAAUGUGGAUUGACAGUGACAUCCCUAAUAAUCUAAAGGUGUCAAUCUUGAACUGGUGCUGUGAGGCGUUAAAUCUACAUGAACCACUAGCUAAUGAUCUUCUUUCGGAGUUGGUGAACAAUGAAAAACCAAUCACGUUACCUGGUCUUCUAACAUUGGUAGCUGAUACUUUGCCUCGCCUAGUGGGUCAGGUGCCGGCAGCGCGGCGUUGCGAGUCGGUGGCUCUACUGGCGGCGGCGGCGGCGCUACUGCCUGCGGCUGAACCGCGCCGCGCACGCCUGCUGCAUGCGCUGCUUACACUCCUUAAGAAGCCCGAGCCGCACGACGCCAGGGCUAUAUGCGAAGCUACCUGUCUUAUAGUGAAAUGGGGAGGCAGCGGUGAAGUUUUAUCAUCCAUAGCAGAACUAUUAACCUCCAGAUCUAUCGAGCGUCGCGUACUCGCGAGCCAGAUAUGCGUUGCCAUCGCGCCAUACGUUCCCAUCGAGUUAUGUACAUCUCUACUUCUGAGCUUAGUAGUAUUGAUGUGUGAAUCCAACGAAGGAGAAAUCAGAAGUCUAGGAUUGAAGUCUGCGUGUCUAAUUUGUCCAGUAGCAGACCAUAAAUACGGACAACUGGAGAAUCUCAUGUUCAACUUCCUGAAAGAUCCAUUAGAAAAAAAUGUAAAAGAUACAGUUAAUAUAUUUGUUCCUGUACUAGCGAGGAAUGCUUUGAUUGCAGGAAAGUUGUCCUCAGAUCUGUGUAGCCGUGUGAUAACGAAUUUCAUUAAAUCAUUGUCAGACAAUGAUUGGAAGACUGCUAUAUUGUAUUUAGAUGUGAUGCGAGUGUUAGUUCUCGCCAAGUUGGCCUACGUAGUAAAUGUACAAAUAAUUAGAGAUGUAAACAUCGGAAAUAGUGAUAUGUCAAUUAAUUUACAAGAAGUGCCCUUGGAGUGUGAUCAAGACUACUUUUUAGAUAUACAGUGUUACGGAACGAAUGGUACGGACCUGAAGGCUUUAUUAGUGGCAAUGAAUAAUCUUAUCAAAGAGAAACCGGAUGUCAGAUGGCCAGAGUUAACGUGGUUUAUUCAUUUAGUGAAACAAAUUCUAGAUGUGUCAACAAGUAAUAAGUUAUUAAAUCAUUCUGUUUUAUAUGAGCACCUUAUAACACUGUUUAGUAGUUACAUAGAAAAUUUCGGUGUUCACGUCACUUUGAAUAUGCUGAAGCCUAUAUUUACUGAUAUUAUUGUGGAUUUAGAACAUAAAAUGGAAAAAUUACAUAGUAUUAAUGUAGAUAGUACUGUUGUGGUUGGGCUGUAUUUGGUGGCUAUAUUGCCGGCGCUUGAAGAUAAGACACAGCACGGAGAAUUUUUGCAAAAAUGGAUUAUGUAUAGCAGUAUUCGUGGCCUCCCAACCAAGAUAUUCUCAAUACCAUUGAAGUGGGUGGCGAAGCAUCGACUUGAAACGCUUGAAUUUUACUUACAGGAACUUAGAGAAUUUUCAGCAAGUAGUUGCGAGAGCGGUAGUGGCGCCAUGGUUCGCGUGUACAUAGGAAACUUGAUCGUCGAGCUGCUCAACUCAGCGGACGUGAGCCAGGACUGCGUCGAGCGACAGGUGCUACCGACUGUCACCGCGCUACUCAACGACGACGACCUGAGCGUGCGCGAGGCGGCGCUGGCGGCGUGGGGCGCGGCGACGCGCGCGAGCUCGGCGCGCGGCUGGGCGUGCGCGGCGGCGUGCUGGGCGGCCGCGCGCGCGCCGCUGUCCGCGCCGAUGCCUGCGCGACUGCUCGCGCGCGCCGCCGACGCGCUCGCGCUGCUCGUGCUGCCCACGCCCGACGGCCGUUCGCGCGCUGACACCGCGGUGAGCAUGCUAUGCGAGUUAUGUCACCGCGCGACGACAGCAGAGACGGUGGCAUCUCUGUUGCCGGGCCUGCAACUUGCACAACACCACUGUCGCCACCACUCCGCCCUGCUACCUGCGCUCAGAAAACUAGAAGAGAUUGUGCAAGCACCAUCGCUGUCGCAGUUUAAGCCCGCUAUUGAGGUACUACUGCACAACGUGGCAGGUUCUCCGGAACCGCCGCGUGACACUCGGCCCGCGUUCUAACCUGCAAGCUGCGCAGGAGGUCGGCAGGCGAGUCACGCAGAUAUUUCAACAGUCUAAAAGUAAUAUGAAUUUACAGAACAUAUUUAAAAAGAAAACCUAACAAUUAUAAAAAAAAAAAUUACUUCCAUAUAUUACUGCACGUUUUCAGUACAGCAUACACCAUGGAAAUUAGUGUUCAUAGGAACAUAUUAAAAUAUGUCCUUCUAAUAGUUUUCUUUUACUUUUAGUCCAAGUAUUUUUUUUUGUGUGUAUGUAACACCGAUUCUUAAGCAAUUUUCAUAAUAUUUUUAUUUGAAACAGGUUAAUCUUGAAUAGUAACAGUAUUAUAUACAUGUCGGAAUAUUCCUGCAUGCAAGUAUCGGGUCUUCCCCUAAAAUUUUGUAGAAUGUUGCCAUAUAUAAACUAAAUAAAGCUACUUUUUAUUUUUUUUAAUACUUUUACUUUUUAAUAUAAUACUGUUACAGAAUUCAUAUUGAUUUCGUCAUAACAAUUUUUUUGUGCACCAAAAUCUUAAAUUGUCAUUUGAUUCUUCAUUCAUUUUGUAAGUAGCGUCUCGGCUAGGCAUUACAUGGUUUCUUUUUUAAAUAAAAUACAGCCCAUUUUGUUAAGUAUUUUUUAACUCGAUCCAUUACAAAAAAGAAAAAUGAAAUUUUCCUUCUCCAUAAAAUUAGCUUAGAAAACCGAUAGUAAUAAAAAAGUUAAAACGGGAAAGAGACUACUACUUGGUCACUCAGGUAUUAUGAAAAUUGCAUAAAUUGAUCUGUUAAUAUAACAUAUAUUUGACAUAUAACAUACAUGUGCUGACCGUUAAUAUAGUAUGUAACAUACUUAAAUAAUGUUGAAAGUUGUAUGUCUUUCUUUGAGAAAUUAUAAGCACAAAUGUUAGUACUGCGGCACAUCUGCAGUGGAAUUAAAGAUAAAUUGAAGUAUUAGACAAAAACUUAUAUACAGGUAAUUUGUAGUCUAUAUUCAAUAGUGAAUCAUAGACAAUUGUUAAGUAAUGAUAGGUAGAUAAUAGAAGAAUAAUAUUUUAAUACUAUAGUGCAAAUUCUUUUUUAAGGUUGACAAAGGAAAUCAUUUUAAAUGUAUUUUUAUCCUGAUAUUUUGCUUCAAGUGAUAUUUAAAAUUUAGUCGUUUAUUUUUAAUAAAUACUCUCUAUGCUAACAAUAACAUGUUGUAAUUAUUUAACCUUAGUUAAGUAAGGACAUUUAUAAUAAUUGAUAAUGUUAUACAUUCCAAAUUAUAUUUUAAUGUUAGUUUAUCCUCUAUCUAUUGUACUUAAAUAAAUAGGUUUUGUUUUAGGAGUGUACAAAGUGCAAUAACGAACAAAGUAAACACCUGCUCCCGUUUAAUCUAAUUAAUGUUUACAAAAGGUCGAAUAAAACGUAGCAAGUAGUAAAGUUGUGUUAUAAAUUAAUUAUAAUUUUAUUAUGUAAAGGAAACAUUCUUUUGUGAUUGUUUAAGCCAUUUUUUGUAUUAUAGCAGGUUGUAUUUAUUGCCUUCGUAUUUGAAUUUAUGUUGUUCCGUCACUAGUAGUAUUUAAAAGCUAUCACCAUUAUUUUCUUUAUAAGGUAACAUAUAGCCUACUAAUAUUAUAAAUGCGAAAAUUUGCAAGGAUGGAUUGUUGUUUGUUAUUCUUUCACUAUUGAACGGAUUUGAAUGUAAUUUGAUAUACGGCUAUAUUAUAUCCUAACUUAGCACAUAAGACACUUUAUCCAUUUACUGAUUUACGCAGGCGAUGUUGCGGGUAAAAGCUAGUUAAAAAAAAUACUGAAUUUCCAAGGCAUUCAUCUGAAAUAUCUGUUGUAAUUCACGAGUAUUUUAGUGCUUCCUAUUAUGUACUUAAGUGACUCUUAUUGUUUGUAACUUUAUAUUAUAAGGAACUGCAAAUAUUUAUUUUGACGAUUGAGGAUUUAGCGAUAUAAUACUGUAUUUCGUAACACUGUGUGUUCUUUUCCAUUCGUUGUGGGUUCAAUCUCUGUACAACAAAAAAAUUUGUAUUCAUCAAUAUGUCUAUUUGUACCGAUCUAAGCAAUUUUUUAAUGUAUUAUGUAUCAGUACACAUAAUACAUUAAAAAUGUCUCAGUUGCACGUAUAAUAGAUACGAUACGCCCAACUUUGUCCGGUGAAAAAUAGUUGUAAAAUUAUUGACUGAAAUUAUACGCGGAGAUCAGAAAGAGGGGAUUAGUGGAUAUAACUGAAUAACUUUUCCUAAAAAUAUUAGGUCACUUGAACACUUUCCUAUUUAUUGUAAAAAAUUGUUUUCUUAUUUCAAUCUGUGUUUCUUGGGGAAAAUUAGUUCAGUUUCAUAAAUUCUAUAGCUCUAGUAGGUUUAUUUAUUUUCUAUUAUACCAUUUUCGUAACUUGGGUAUUACAUGCCCCUUAGUGAUAUUAUAUAAAAAAAAAAAUUUUGAUUGGAUAUAGACACACAUAGAGUGAAAAAACACACACAGAGAGUGAGGCGAGCUUUUAUUAUAAGUCGAAAACUAUUCGGCAUAAAAACAAAAACCCAUUAUGAUAUGAAAGAAAGUGCAAAUAAUACCUGUAAUAAAAAAAAAAUCAAAAAAACUAUCUAAGGAGACGUGAAAAGCCAAUUGGCCAUCCAUAGUCAAAUUUUAUGCGAUGCUUUAUUAUUCAUAUGGCAUCUCUAUGAGACCUCUGCUAAUCUCUAAAGAUCGUACCCAUUUCAAGUUAUGUUUAUUAAAUUAUGGAAUCUCAAAAUAUUAUUGUUUAUUUUGAAUAUUGCUUUUUCAAUAAUAAUAGAAUCUUCAAUAAAAAUAGAAUUAUCCUAAUAAUAAUUAAUUAAUUAAUACCUAAUAAUGUAAUGCAGAUUCAUAUGUGAAAUGAAAAAAGCACAUUACUGAUAAAUUGUUAAAGUUUUGGUUGUGUGAAUAUUUAUUGAAUACAAAUUUUAUUUUAUA